UCUGUUGCUGCUGCCACAUCAGGCCACAUCGUCGUCGUCUUCGCCGUUAUCGUCUAUACAUCAUUGAACCGCAUCCUCUAUCAAUGCAGAGGAUAUCUGAAUCUCAAAGGAUGGAUGGCGAAAGCCACAGACUUAGACUACCGUUCGAGAUCGUUCAGCCUCUCUUUCUAGAUGCCAUUGAAGGAGACCGCUCGCUGGCUGCAGCACUGUCCCAGACAUGCAAGACCGUUCACACAUGGAUUAUUCCUAUCCUAUACUCUACAGUCGUCCUGACGAAGUCGACACAAGCCGCCCUCUUUAAACGCACGCUGCUCACUUCAUUCAACUCGGAGUCAGACGGGCAGCUUACCGCCGCGGGUCCUAAUGAACUCCUCCUUCAUACCUAUGUACGUCAUCUCUGGGUAGGGAGGAAACGGCACCCUUCCCAACUCGGAGAGACGAAACGCGAACGUAUUGGCCAAACUGUCAUUGGACGAUCACGUCUAUGGGAUGCCACUCUUGAGAUUGUCAAGCUGUGCCCAAGUCUGCGUACGCUGGCGAUGAUCGGCUAUCCUGCUAUGAUCAUAAAGUGGAUCGUUCCCCACCUCCCGGUGACGCUACAGUCACUGUCAAUUUGCGUCAGGGAUAACGUGAUCCUUGACCUACCAGACAUCUCCCAUCUCACUGCCCUCCGCGACAUCACUUCCGUGCACACGGAGCUCAGCGGCAAGACGGUGUGCCUCCUCCUGCGAUCGCCCAGCGUACAGAGCAUAACCCGCCUAUACAACUGCUCCCGACCCAUACCACCCGGGUCCGGGUUUCCCCCGGAAUCGAGGUGGAAGAUUCUAGGAAUGGGCGUGUACCAGCUUAGCUUCGUUGACAUGCAUACCUCCCGUGGCUUCAAGCGGAUGAGAAUUGUCUCCCUGUUCGGAAGAGAUGCGUCCGCAGAGACGGAGCUUUCCGGGCUUCAGCAGUUCACGGAACCGUACACGCAUGACCCGCGUAUCGUUGUGUCAGCGGAGGAGGGAUAUGAUGAGUCCGGUGUCGUAGACCACAUCAAGACGUGCUGUGUGCCACGCACGCAAGAACAUCCAACCUGGGACCUGUGAUCAACGUUCGUGCACUCCUGACCUAUCAUGCAUGCAAACCAUUCAGGAGCUAUCAGCGCGUGGCGGUUCCGACUUUGGCUUCGAUUCUGCAAUACUUGACUCCCGCUGUCCAUUCUCACAAUCUAAUUUUGCUUUCCCAACUGAACUGCAGGUAUUACGAGGUUUCGCCUAUGGUACUUCACUAAACGCUGGAUACCUGGUAAAAUGAAACAGAAUCUCUCGAUCACGAACCUCCAAUACAUCACAGAUGCUAGUUGGGCAGGCCAUCGGCAG